UAAACCGGCUUCUUCAACACGAAGGUGAAAGUGAUGGCACUUCCCUCCAUAGCAAGAAGGCUACGAACUAAACACCCCCUCUGCCUAUCACUCACUCUACUCCACCACCACCACCACCACCCCAUCACUAACUCACCCUAUUCUUCGCUUUCUCUGCACCCCCGUCUCUCUCAGCCAUUUCAUCCAACAUCUAUCGUUCCAUCCCAAACCCCUCGCCAUUUCUCUACUCUCCGACCCUUCUCCGCCGAAAUCCCCCACCACCCAUUGGGCUUCAAUGGCCAGCGUUUCAACACAGACCACUCCCACAACUUGGGUCUCACCCAGUUUCUUGAAUUGCUUACAAGUACGGCCGGUUUGGCCUCUGAAGCCGACGCCGUGGCUUUUCUCGACGAGUCGGGCGUCGAGCCGAAGCGAGAUACAGUCUUUCAGGCGAUUUGGGAGCUGAGGGGAGAUUGGAAGUUGGCGUUUUUGGGUUUCAAAUGGGGUGAGAAGUGGGGCUGUUGCGAUGAAGAGGCGUGUAGUUUGAUGGUUUGGGUUUUCGGGAGUCACCGAAAGUUUAGUACUGCUUGGUGUUUGAUACGGGACUUGAAUCAGGCUUUGAUUGAUACGCGCCGCGCAAUGCUUAUAAUGAUUGAUAGAUAUGCAUCUGCAAAUCAUCCAAGGAAGGCCAUUAAGACAUUUCAGAUAAUGGAGAAGUUCAGGUUGAGCCCUGAUCAAGAAGCAUUCCACAUCCUCUUGAAUGCACUUUGUAAAAAUGGAAACAUGGAGGAAGCUGAAGAAUUCAUGCUUGUAAGUAAGAAGUUCUUCCCACUGGAGGUCGAGGGCUUUAACAUUGUUCUCAAUGGGUGGUGUAACAUAUCUGUUGAUGUAUAUCAAGCCAAGAGAGUUUGGAGAGAAAUGUCUAAAUACUGUAUUACACCAGACGCAACUUCUUAUACACACAUGAUUUCCUGCUUCUCAAAGGUUGGGAAUCUUUUCGACUCCCUUAGACUAUAUGAUGAAAUGAAGAAAAGGGAUUGGGUUCCUGGUCUCAAGGUUUACAAUUCUUUAAUUUAUGUACUAACCCGUGAAAAUUGCUUUAAGGAAGCACUCAAAGUACUGGACAAAGUGAAAGAAAUUGGUUUGCAGCCAGAUGCUACCACCUAUAAUUCAAUGAUAGGUCCUUUAUGUGAAUCAAAGAAGAUAGAGGAGGCGCAACAGAUGCUGAGUUCUAUGAUAAAUGAUAACCUCAGCCCAACCAUAGAGACUUACCAUGCAUUUCUGCAGAGUCCAGGUUCAAAGGCAACUGUUGAAGUUCUUAAUCGAAUGAAGAAAGCUAAUUUAGGUCCUAAUGGCAAUACCUUCCUUAUGAUUCUUGAAAAGUUCUUUAUAUUAGAACAACCUGGGAAGGCAUUGGAGAUUUGGAAUGAAAUGAAGAACUAUGGAGUAGUGCCUGAUUCCACACAUUACACCUCUAUGGUACAGGGGCUGGCAACUUGUGGGUUGUUAGCGAAGGCCAAGGAACUUUUGGCUGAGAUGACGUCAAAUGGCAUUCCGGAAGAUCCAAAGCUUAAGAAGCUCUUGAAGAAGCCAAUUGGAGGUAGUGUUAAAGGGAAACGGAGAGUUAGACAAGUCAACCAAGCAAAAAGGAUUAAUCUAAAGCAAGACAGGGUUGUGAGAUCGAGAAGUCCACGUCAGUCAAGAAAGAAGAAGACAUCAAGUGAAUAGUGUUGUCUUAAAUUUUGACUGCAUAUGCAAAAGCUGCGAAAGUUCUCUCUUGCUGCUUGCGGUGAAAUAUUUGCAAUUUUUUUUGGUGAGACAUGGAUUAUAGUUGUUGGAGAAGUCACUGCCACAUCCACUCCUGAAAAUAUUACAGCUGAUGCUAUCUGAGUUUCAUGACAGCUGAUCAAAACCAAUGUGGUUUGGCUUUUCAAAGAAAGGAACUCAGCCUCCUGAACAAUGUAAAACACUAUUGAGGAGCAUUUGAUUCAGUGUCCUGGUAGUUGCAGACCAAUGUGUUUCUCUAUGUUCGUGAUGUCAAUUUAUGAGGAGAUUACGAAUGCCAAGUCGCGAAAGACAGCAAUAUUGGAAGGAGUAUUUCAUUUAAUACUAGGCAACUAUUUCUACCCCUACAUAGUGGAGAUUCUGCAGCGUGCCAUGAGCACCGGCUAACAGGCGGUUGAGCUCCUUGAAAUGGUUUGAUCGGUUCACAGAUGAAAUAUGAUAGACUUGUAAGUUAAUUCCUUAACAGGACUCUAACAUGAUGUUUGAACCAGUUGCCCACAUUAGAAAUUCCUGGCUUCGACAAAGUUACCCGGCAAAACAAGCUAUGUGUACCUGUGUGCCUUAUUUGCUACUUGUGUAUAUUGUAGAAUGAGUAUGUUUCCUUUAAAUCAAAUUAUCUCUUUUUGGUCAUAGUUAAUUAUGAUCAACUUGAUCAUGGAAAGAGAAAACAGAAAGCAGAAAAAGGACUGAAAACUGAAAAAGGGGAAGGGCAUUGGAGCCUCUUGGACCAAUCCCACGUGCUGCUGAAGGAGUAUGUUUCAGUGUUUGACCAACCAU